AUGGGGCUGACAAGUAACACCGGUUUAUUAUCGAGCGCACCGCAAAAACAAAUACACUCGAAGCAAAAGAGCAUUAUUGAACUGCGAUGCGAGGUGACACCGGCUCCAUUCAUUUUGCGACCAUACGCCGGUCUCUACAACCCGUUCUCACACGCGUGCUCCGUUCUCUGCAACCAUCCCGCCGAUACCGACGCCAAAGAGUAUGUCAAGCGUGCUAAAGAUGCUUGGGCUUUAGAAGGUAAAACUCAUAAUUUUCAAGAGGACUUAAGCAAAAUUCAAGAUCAAUGUGAUAAGGAGAAGAGUAGAACUCCACAUGACAUUGUAACUGAAGACAUGUUUAGAAGGUACACGGAGACAGACUCAAGACCGCUCACACCGGCACCAACGCUUGCGAGCGGCAAGUCCAGAGGGUCGCGGAGAUGUCUGACACCGGAUCAGCCACACCAAAGAACCACUAUCGUUCUCGAUCUGAGGCGAAGUCAUAGCCAGGAAACAUUGUACUACUACCACGGCCAUGGCACAUCAGAAAUGACAACUGGCUACAGCGCCACCAUCGAGCGAUCGACUCUACCGUCCUUGAACUUGUCUGAAAGCGGCCAUCAUAGGCUUAAGACAGGCCAAUGCGAGCAGUUGCCCCCAUUAGCUUCGCCAGUGGUAUUGGCAAAAAGAAACUCGCCUGCAAGAGAACCGCAAAGUGUAAGGACAGCUAGAAAGAACCAACUAAAAGCUUUAAAUUUAAGCAAGACGGUUAAAGGUAAAAACAAAAGCGAUGCACCGACUUCUCAGCGUUCGAAGGGUGAUAAGGACAGCAAUGAUACAAAUUUAGCCGAUCAAGAAAAUGCAGAUGAUAUUGAAGGCGGAGAAAUUCGACGAAGAGGUAAACGGCGUCGUAAAGUUCGUGGUGGUGGCAGCGAUCGAUUAACUUCGGCUGGCCUCGCCGCACAGGCACAACAAGAUCCGGAAACUCAAAUCGCAGGCAUUGGCACAGACUCUCACAAUGCCAGUUCGCGUGGAUCUAUAGCUGUAGCGGAAGAAGCACCACUACCGCCGAUAAUAAAGCCAGUUGCCGCCUCCAAUACUGAUUCCUUCAUAGAUGAUGAUAUUUUGAAAUAUUUACAUAGAGAAGUCGAUGAGGAAGCUAUUGAAACAGAGUUUGAUACCAAGCGCCGUUACGUGCUACAAGAAGCACUGCGCACCCGCGGUGCUCGGGCGGCCGGGCCCGAGCUGCGCAGCGUGAUGCGCGCGCUGCAGCCGGCGGGCGGCGGCGGCCUGGCCGACUGGCUGCACGUGCCGCGCGUCUUCACCCGCCAGACCGCCUGCUUCUCACUGCCCAUCGAUUCCGCACAACUCGAGACUUUGUCUCCAAUGACGUAUGCUUCGAGAUUCGUUACCAUAAAGAAGUCCAAACAGCUUCUAUAUCUCACAGUCCUGAGGAAGUUCAGACUGAAAGGGUACAGAAUGCCAGUAAAGGAUAUUGAAGAGGGAUUAAUUCUAAUGAUGGGCGGAACGUUGAAUAUGGAACAGGCGACUCAAUUCAAAGCCUUAAUGGAAUGGGACUCCUACAAAGAGGAGGAUAACGUCACCGACGAUAUCAAAUUGGCACUACUUGAUAAAGGAUAUAAGGAUCAUUUUCCUUCAGAAGACGGUGAUACUGGAGAUAGUGAUUUGAAUACGCUAAAAUAUCGCACCUGGUGUGGCUUGUGUGCAAUUUGUGAGCGUAUGUAUGGAAGAUUCCCGCCCAGAGAAAAGGAUCCACCUGAUGGGAUGGAGUUAACCGACUUCACAAUGAUAGAAACAAAGUUGGCUGUGUUAAGAGUGCGGAGUGGUUUGACAGAAAUAUUAAACAUUAUAAGAAUACGUUAA